AUGCGCCCCGGCGCCCAGGCUCUGACGGCCAGCUCGCCCCGGCGGCUGGAGGGAGAUGCUCGCCCAGACCGCCGCUUCUGCGUGAGGAAGCACAAGGCAUCAUGGUGAGUAAGGAGCCCAGCAAAUGCUUACUCACCGCCUCGGACAGCGACGUCGAGCCCGCGGCUUCCCUGGCGCUGGAGAUGAAAUACGCGCUGGAUCCCAACCGGCAGAUCAAGAAACGGAACAAAGCCCUCCAGGUGAGGUUCAAGGAUAUCUGCGAGGCUCAGAACGAGCAGAGGGACAAGCAGCUCUCCACCUCCUCCACGCAGGACCCCGACAAGAAGGAGGCCAAGGCCAUCUCCUACAAGACGGCCUACCGCAAGUACAUGACAGUGCCCGCCCGCAGGUCCAUCCCCAACGUCACCAAGAGCACAGGAGUCCAGACUUCCCCUGAUCUCAAAAAGUGCUACCAGACCUUCCCUCUGGACCGGAAAAAAGGGAAUAUUCUGAAAAGCGCCGCGACCGUGGACACGUUACCGAGCGAGAACAACGGGUUCCUGAUCGAGGUGAAGGACAGGGAGGGCCGGGGCGCGGGCGAGGCCGCGGCCUGGGGCCGGAAGGCCGGCAGCCUGCAGACGGCCGAGUUCAUCUCCCACAUCUCCGAGCGCGCCGCGCACGACAACGGCGCCGAGGCCUGGAAAAGCAGCAGUUUGCACAGUUCUCCCAAAGAGCCUCCUCGACCCAACUUGGCCGAGCCCGGCCGGGAGGAGCCGGCACGGCCCUCCGGCCGGGGCAGAGCGGCGGCGGCGCGGCUGGGGAGCGACGAGGCCGCCCAGCCCCUCCACGGGAGGGUCUUCAAGACUGAGGUGGCCACGGUUUACCUGCCGGCCUCGCAGCCCGACCUGCCCGGCCUGGGCGACUGGGGGCCGUGCCCCGAGGAGGACGACAAGAGGACGGUGCAGCUGAACGGGGUGCAGCCCCCGGCCGGAGAUGCCCGAGCGUGCGCGGCGCGGGCGCAGUGCCCGGCCCCCGAAUGUAGUGACCAGAGCCUGCAGGUCAACGUGGCGUCCAUGGAGGAGAGCCAACCCUGCCGGACGGCCGUGGCCGUGAGCCAGGAAUGCCAACAAAUCGUGCCUCACACCGAAGUUGUGGACUUGAAAGCGCAGCUUCAGAUGAUGGAGAACCUGAUCAGCUCUAGUCAGGAGACCAUCAAAGUGUUGUUGGGUGUUAUACAGGAGCUAGAGAAGGGAGAAGCUCACAGGGAAGGGCUUUCCUAUCGGACCGGCCAGGACACGGCCAAUUGUGACACGUGCAGGAACAGUGCAUGUAUUAUCUACAGCGUGGAAUUGGAUUUUAAACAGCAAGAAGAUAAACUACAGCCAGUUUUGAGAAAACUUCAUCCUAUUGAGGAAACUCAGGUUGCACCUUUGCCUUAUUCUCAGGAGAGCUACUCCUCGACUCCCAAGCAAAAAUCCAAAACUGAAUCCAAAAAGCACGGAAGAUGGAAACUCUGGUUCCUUUAACCCAAGUCCAUGACGUGUGGAGUUCAAGGCCUUCUUUGACAAAUAUGUGGAGCUGUAUCCAUCGUCUCUGAUGGGAUUUGGUGGCAGGAGCAGCGUCCUGGCCAGGGGCAGCGUCCAGUUCUCACCGCGCGUACCAAAAAGGCCUUCGUAGCGACGGACUCUGCCCAGCAGCACGGGCUUGGGAACCCCCUGCCCACUUCUACUCACAGUUUGCCAAUGUGGGAUGUAAAACCUGAGUGGAAACUUGGACAAAGAUGGGAAGUAAAACUGUUCCCCUCCCCUCCUCAGAUCCGAAAGCGCGGCGCUCCGACCCGUUAAGCGUAGGCCGGCAUCGUGCUCCCCCAGGAAUGGUGGAGGCCUUUUGGGGGUCUGGGUUGUUGUCUCUGCACAGCAACGAGGGGGAAAAUCAGCAGCAAGCCUUAUGUUUGCAGUGGUGUUGAGUUUUACAGCUCCAUGUUGAUCGGGGAGUGCAGUUUUCAGCACAGAAUUCCUGGACAAAGCACAAUUUUUCCCGCGGCCCGCGGCCGCGCCGAUCUCCGAGACGUGACUGUGGUGUAUUCUCUGCCUUCAUGCGAUGUAGACUCCAACCAAGCUCUCACAUUUCAACCUCAUCUCUGGUUUAGCUGUGUCCUCACCACCAGAAGAACCACUCUGCUGCUCAGCCCCAGCAGGGGAGCGGCCAGAAACCUCCCAAAAAUCAGGCCCAGCCUUUAAGCACCUCCAGCUCACAGGGUCCAGGCCAUGGACAACCCCUCAGUGUCACCUUGGAAAGGUCUCAACCACACAGGAACAAAACCCAACCCCAAAGCAGACCCAUCCCAGUCCGGAUUGUUGGCCUUUGCCAUGGGUUAGUAUUUUUUUCUAACAGUCUUUGGAAAAACCUCUCCACUGCUGCAGAAGGCACCAGGAGAUGUCCAGGCUGCAGCACUGCUUGGAAGGAGCUGAAAUUGGAAAUGCUAUUUAUUUAUUUAUUGAGCUGCUCAGAUGGGUUUCCCAGCUUAUUAUAAUUUAUAUCUCAAUCUAUUAAUUGUACUCAGUAAUUGAAACGCUUAGGAGAGAGAUGUGAAUCAGAUUUUUCCUAAUUUGGUUUGGGUUUUUUUGAAAUGGCACUAAAAAUUUUGCUCUGACUUAUAAACUGCAACUCUUCCUUUAAGUAUUUGCUACUGCCAUUAAACUUGCAUCUAAAAUGACCAUUGGUGGAAAAAUUCCUCAUGCUAGAAGUGGCCAGGGAGUGGGAACCAUGUCUUUUGUUUUGGUUUGGGAUUUUUCCUUAAGGAUUUCAGAUCAUUUGAGUGUCAUGUGACAAACUGGGUUUGAAAUUGCAUCCCCUGUAGCAGCAGGAAGGUACAAAUUCUUCAGCCUUUAGGUGCAAGGACUGUGAUCAUUAAUUUGCACAGACUAAAAAUUUGGGGAAGUGUUUUUCACUGUUUCUCCUCUUAGCUCAGCAUUCAAUUUACUCCUGAGAGGAAACUGGAGGAAAAUAACCUAAUUUUUUUUUCCCUUCAAAGAGCAAGAAAAGCAAAUUAAAAUGGGAAAGGAAAUGCAGAAGAUGCCUCUGGCCAGCUCAAUAUUCGCAGUAAACCUUCAAGAGGGCUAUGAGUUCUUGCACAGAAGCAAAUCCUGAAAUCCUCUGGUGGGAGUUGAAGGAUUAGGAAGGUGAUCCUGUACACAAGGAAGUGCCAUUGUUUCAUGUGGAAAAAAACCCAUAUUUCAUGUAUUUUAUAUUGUUUUUAACUAAAAUAUAGAACUGUUUACAAAACAGCCCACACAAUAUGGCUAAGAAACCCAAAUAUUUCCAAAUCAAAAAAUACUUUUUUUUUUUAAAGCAGAAAGGAAUCUCAAAAAUGGGCAGAAAAAGGAAAAUACAGCAGUAUUUAUUAUUAAAAAAAAACAUUAAUACCUAAUGCACUCCUCCAUGCUAACAGGCCUAGUGUUUGGGGCUUUUUAAGGAAAUUAAACCAAGCAUCGCUCCAUGGCAAUCAAUUCCCAAAUCCUCAGUGCCACCCCUCAGUAGCUUUGUGUGUGCAGGGACCCUGAGUGAUCCAGAGCUCCUGGAAUCAGGGGAAAAGAGGGAGGAAACUCCAGCUGGAGAAACAAAGAGCUCAAAGGGAAAGUUCUCACGGCGUGUUCUGUACAUGUCCAGGCUAUUUUCUUAAGAAGUUGCAAAUUUUUAAUUUUUUACAUUUUUUUAAACCUGGGGAAAGCUGACAUUACCAUAGAGUCUUGCUUCCAACUGACAUCUCGUGUUCUCUGGUACCCUCCGAUGUACUUUGUAAUAAAAUGUUUUUGCAAGUGUGUAAAAUGUAUCAUAAUUGUAUUGCCUUUAGAAUCACUCAGGCUCAGGUUAGAUAGACACCAAGAGAAAAAAAAACAAACCUAAUUCUUUAGAGCUUUUAGUUCAAUGUGACAGAGCUAUUUUCACCCUCAUGUAGAAGAUCUUGCAGGUUCUAAUGAGGAAAAUGCAUUUUUAUUUUCAGUGUGGCUUUGCUGGAUUCACUGGCAGUCCCCUUCACUUCAUACACUGAUUUUCUAGCUGCACUUCUCCCAUCUCCUGCUUCAAAAUACUUUUUAGCCAAUAAAUACUGCAGUGAUUUUAUAUCCCUUGCUCUUUGCUGAGUCCUUAUAAUUUCCACACAGCAACAGCUGCAUUCUUAGGUUUAGAACUAGGAGGAAAACACUAUUCCUGUGAGUAGCACUUGGUUUCUUAAAGAUGAAAAACAAAAAUAACUGUAAAAAAACUUUUAAAAAACCAGGAUAAAGUGAAAAAAACCUGAUUAAAACUGGAAAAUCCUA